AUGUCCGCCAGGCUCUACAUGAUUGCCAAUGGUGACUGCAUUACACACGUCAAGCCAAAGUGUGAGAGCGGCAUUCUACUCAAUGGCGACUGUGUCGUUGGUAACCCCACGUGUCCGGAUAAUACCGACCACAGAGACCAGAACUGCGUCAGCCGUGAGCUGCCCAAGUGCACGGAGGAAGGGUACGAGUGGAGCGAGCUCGAAAAACAAUGCCGCAGUAAGGAGAAGACCGAGUGCCCGGACAGAUACCGUGCGGAGAACGGGCAAUGCGUCUCGGGAGACCUGCCGGACUGUGGCGAGCAUGGCACUCUGCAAGGGAAAGACUGUUUCAGCAAGCAGGAACCCAAAUGCUCCGAUGACACCUACUGGGAUGGGGAAGAUUGCCGGUCCCCAGAUGAACCAGACUGUGGUGAGGGCAAGUGCUUCAAGAAGGAAAAGAACACCUGCGUGGCUGUGGAGGAGCCCGUUUGUGAUGAUCCCGAUACUGUGUUUGACAAGGUGCUGAACAACGAGUUUCCUUUCCAGCCCACUCUACCCUAUGCCAAUCCAAAGCGAUACCCACCCCUCAUGGCAGCAUCACCCAACACCACCACCCAAUACACCUCCGACCAAUUCGUCGAAAGCUGCGGGGCCAUUCUAUUCGACCUGUCUACCCCAAACAAGACCGUAUGUCUUAUCCAUUACCGUGCAAAGAACGAAUGGCUCCUUGCCAAGGGACGUCGCAACUGCGGUGAAACCCGGCACGAGGCCGCCCUCCGCGAAGUCCGCGAAGAAACCGGCUAUCAAGCACACCUCCAUCCCGUCACGAUGCAUACUCGUGCGCCGCCGAGGGACGAACAGGAACAUGUGCCAGACAUACCUCGCUUGUACCCAGCUCUUACUGAGCCUUUCAUGGUCACCAUAAGGCAGUUAGAUGGUGAUGGUGUUAAGAUUAUUUGGUGGUAUGUUGCUGCCCUGGAUGGAGGGGUGGGUGCUGGGUCUCCUGGUGGUUGGGGCGAGGAGGAGUUUACUCCAGCGUUCUUUUCUUUGGGGGAGGCGGUAGAGAGACUCAGCUUUGAGGAUGAUCGGGCUGUUCUUCGGAAGGCGAUUGCUUUGGUGGAGGCUCGUUGA